UACACAAAACAUAUACAUAUGGUACGACUAUAAAAUACAUAAUAAAGUCCUAAAAGGUCACACUCAAAAUAUUUAUGUUAAAACAUUUUUCAUUUCAUGGAUGGAGAUCAUCACCGUGGAUUCAAAUUAAACCCCAUUCUCAUUGGCCUCCUUGGCAUCCUCUGUGGCGCCAUUGCGGUUGCAGCCUUUCAUUGCAUUGCCGUGGGCUGUCGGCGUGCCACAAGCGCACCAAGGCCAAGCCGACAUCAAAUUUCUGAAAAUGCCCAAGAAACGGGCAGAACCACGAGGACAAUUGCAGUUCCAGUGUGUAGGUAUAGCAAGGAAUAUUGCAGUGAAGAAAUAUGCUCGGUGUGCUUGUCCGAAUUUAAUGAAGGUGAACAGAUUCGUGUGUUGUCUGAAUGCUUGCACUUGUUUCAUGUGGCUUGCAUUGACAUGUGGCUAAAUUCACAAUCAAAUUGCCCACUUUGUCGGGCUACUACGGUGCCUUCCCAGCAUGUUGUCGUGUUGAUGCCGGAGUCCGGCGGGAUCCCUCCUCGGGAUUUCCAUCAGGUGCCUGAUUCUGGAGCAGGAUGAUAUACAACAUAUAACGAUAACCAUCAGAUUCCAAUAACUUCAUCUGCAAGUUUUCAUAAUUUUGCUUAGGCAACACUUUUUGCUGUUAGGUAAAUUUGCAAAGUGGACGAUGCUACUUCUAGUGCAUGUGAAAAAUGAGAUGCUGAUUAAUUUCGUCAUUAAAACUUUUCUAUCAUGUCCUAUCUAUCUGUCUGUGAUUUAGUUAUUAAGCAAUUGACAUUACUUGCACAAGUAAGCUACAGAAUAUAAUAGGUAGGUAACUUGUAAAGUGAUCAUGUACAGUUUAAUAAAUAGC